ACUCCAAUCCGGUAGGUGGCGGCAAUGCACCUAUAAGUUGGAUGCCAGCCGCCAAUUAAAAUAAGAAGAAGAAGAAGAAGAACUUGCAUUGCUCCUUCGCCUAGCUAGAGGGGGUACUAGUGCUUUCCGGUUUUCGGCGCGCUUUUGACACCAGACCUCACUGUGAAACCGGAGAACCGGGUGGGAGGACGGGAGGCGGCCGUUCAGUAACCCGGGCUGCUGCUACCCCUGGCUACUGUCGUCACAAUCAACCGUCGCCGCUGACAGUUGUCCCGGAGGAGGCACACAGUGGACGUUAGCUUCCAACUGGCGAGCUCCAUCUUUGAGAUAACUACCGGAGGGUGCAGAGCAAUGAGAGUGGGGGAGUGAAGGAGGCAGGUGUCCCAGAAGAACAUUGCCAGACAAGUGGGAGGCCAAGCAAGUAUGCUGGAGGCAGAUACAGACCUAGCAGGUGCAGCACAAGGGGAUGCCGAGAUGGGGAGUGGAGACUUGAAGUCUGAGGUUGUACGGUUAACCCUGGAGCUCCAGGAGGCCACAGAGGAGAAGCUACAGGCAGCCCGCUAUGGACUAGUGGUGCUGGAGGAAAGUUCUGCUCUCAAAUUGAAAUACAGGCAGCUGGAAGAGGAGCAUGAAGGCCUCAAAGGGGAGCUACAGCAGCUGAAAGAGGCAUUUGCAGAUUCUGUGAGCAGCCAAAAGCGUGCAGCUGCUGAUGGAGAGUGCCGGGAGGAAAACUUGCUGCAGGAGACUGCUACUAAGGAGGCUGCCAUGACAACCCGCAUGGAGGAAGUCCAGGCAGAGCUCAAGCAAGCACGCCUUGCUCUAAGCAAUGCACAUGCAGAGAUGGAUAGACUUGGGGUGGUUACCAACCAGUUAAAGAAGGAGUGUGAAUGUCUGGAGGCAGAAAAGGGCCACCAGAGGGAUGAGAUGAAGGAAUAUAAAGUACGUGAGCUGCGCCAGUUGCAGGACAAUGGCGAAUUGGAAGAAGAGAACAUAUCUCUACAAAAACAGGUGUCUGUGCUCAAAGAAAACCAGGUCGAGUUUGAAUCGAUAAAGCUGGAGCUGACCCAAAAGAACGAGGAGCAGGAAUAUAUGCGAGCUCAGAUGGACGAGGCAGCGAGGUUGAAGGAGAUAGCAGAGAGGCAGCUGGAUGAGGCCCUGGAAGCCCUGAAGGAGGAGAGGGAGCAGAAGAACUGUCUGCGGCGAGAGCUCUCCGCCCUGACCCUUAACCCCUUUGAUUCUGUGGGGAACCUGGAGCUCCACUUGGAGCAGCUGGAUGACAGCCAGGAGGAGGGCCAGGGGGGAGAGGGGGAAGGCGAGGGAGAGGAUCAGGACAGCGGCAUUAAUAACGGUCCUGGGUCUGCUCCCGGUUCUGCUCACCCUCCUCACUUGGGGGGCUCCAAAAGUAACGGCCUCAUGCAUCGCUUUUCCACUCCACGCAACAGUGACGUUUUUCUACGAGCUCCAGCCUCUGGCCUGGUGUCGGACCUGCUGAGUGAGCUACACUUUUCAGACAGUCAGAAACUAAAACAACAACUCCUACAGGCAGAACGAGAGAAGUCCGGUCUGGUUGGCAAAGUGGAAGAACUUCAGAUGCAGCUGGUAAUGUCCAAACAGGCCCUCAGUCAGCAAGCAGACAAGGUUGGAUCUCUCACCCAGCAGCUGGAAGCUAUACAGAGCAGCCAGCAGCACCAGGAGGCAGACGACAGGGGAGAUGAGACAGAGAAUGGAGAUGGUGCGGCCUUUGACUACGAGGUAGACACGAAGAGCAAGGAGGUGCUGGAGGCCCGCAUGCGUUCAGCCAGCGAGGAGCUUCUGAAGCUGCGGGACGAACUGUCUCAGGCAGGAACUCGUUAUAACACCCUGGAGCAAAGAUACAAACAGGAGAAGGAUCGAUGGAGAGCAGAGGCUCAGGAGCUGGCUGACAAGAUCCGUCAGUGCAUCAAGUCCAGCAAGCAAGACCAAGAGCGCAUCAGUGAGCUCGAGAAGGAGAUUGGAGCCACUCGUAAAGUGGCCAUCGAUUCAGAAGGGCACUUAAGCGUUGCACAGGAAGAGCUGCUGGCUUUCUCCGAGGAGCUGUCCAACCUCUAUCACCACAUCUGCGUGUGCAACAACCUGACACCCAAACGAGUCACCCUGGACUAUUACCGAGAUGGUGCCAGGGCAAGUGUUGGCAGUGCAAGAAGAUCCCACUUUGCGUACCCCCAGCACAACUCCCAGAAGAAGCCACGAGCCAAUGACAUGUUCAGCUCUAAAGCUUCAGCAUUGCAGUUUAUGGGGGAGGUGGACAGUGCAGGAACCAGCACAGAGUCUCCUAACAGCCCUGUAUCCCCCACCCUGGAUUUCAGGGACCCUUCAAAUGUCCGCAACUUGGUAGCGGUCAUUCGUUGCCAGAUCAAACACCUCCGGGUGGCAGUGGACCUCUGUCGUCAGAGGGGCGCGAUGCCUUACUCGGGGUUCAGCAGCAGCGGAGAGUCGGAGCGGGACGCUGAAAGCCUCAUGGAAGAAGUACUAAAACUCAAGUCCCUUCUGAGCACUAAGAGAGAACAGAUUGCUACCCUCAGGACUGUCCUCAAGGCUAACAAACAGACUGCGGAGUUGGCCCUGUCCAAUUUAAAAACGAAGUACGAGACAGAAAAGAGCAUGGUGUCGGAGACCAUGAUGAAACUGCGGAACGAGCUCAAAGCCUUGAAGGAGGAUGCCGCAACCUUCUCUUCACUGCGAGUCAUGUUUGCCAGCCGGUGUGACCAGUAUGUCACCCAGUUGGAUGAGAUGCAGAGGCAGCUGGCAGCAGCAGAGGAUGAGAAGAAGACACUGAAUUCUCUGCUGCGUAUGGCGAUACAGCAGAAAUUGGCUCUUACUCAGCGUUUGGAGGACCUGGAGGCUCCUCAGUCUCCCCACAGCUUGAACAGCAGCCCCCGCCGCUCUCGGGCCAAAGAACUGGCCGCCAAGUCAGGCCGCGCUCCACGGAGCCCCCGAAGCAGUCCUGCACGCCCACCAAUGAGAAGCAGUCCACGGGCAAGCCCUGUUCUCGGAGGCAGCGUUUCUGCGAUGGCCACACACCACCUGAGAGGUUUAACCCGAAGUCUCCACGCAAGUCCUCGCUGAAACACUCGUUCCAUUACUCCAAACCCCCUCUUCUCCAUAAGGACCUGUCUUCAUGUUGACUCCCCGGCUCCCUCCUCCUUUCCUGACUCGAGACAUCCUGUCCAUACCAGAUAUGAUGCAACAUUCCCCAGUCUACCCACCACAACCAUGGAUUUGAAAAAGUAAAAAAAAAAAAAAAAAAAAAAGAAAUCAAAUCUCUCAUCCCGCCCCCUUGGUUUUCUCUGCUUGGAGCGGAGAAACCUGCAUGCAGCCUGGAGAAGGAUGAAGAGACAUAUGUGCUGCUCAUUGCUAUGUGAAGUCAUUGACUGUCUUGUCCCAAAUGGAUCCAAUUUCCAUCUGGUCUUGUUCAAGGCUGCUGUGUGUUGUGGUGAACCAUUGACAGUAUUUAUUCCAGAAUGAGAGACUUUUUAUGUGCAGUAUUUGCUGUCCUCAGGCUUUGAUUCGAGGCUAUGUUCUGUUUCAAGGCUGUACGUCUUUACACUCUUGCCUUUAGUCUGGCAUCCUGGUCAGACCAGUCUGGCGUCUUUUAGUGUCUAUAAGUCGUUAGGUAAUCUGUAAUAGCUUUCCCCAGGUAGUUGUUUUUGUAGAACAAUGCAGCCUUACUAAUAUAACUGCUAUCCCACAAAUAGAGAGCUUGCUAUCGUCUUGAGGUUCCCCGCUUUUAUGCGGUGGUACAGUUACAUGCCCUUUUUUUUUUAUCCUAUCACGUGUCUGGCUCUUUGGCUUUUGCCCAUCAGCCACACCCUUUAACUAUAGGUCAGUAGACAUGCUAUUUCAUUGAUGGAAAUAGGCCAGCCAUAAGUUCACCACCUCAGGUCAAACAGAGUAAUCAGAUAGAUGAUUUGGCAGAACUUUAAUGUGCAUCUUACUUUGCAAACUAUGCAGACCAAGUCAGGACAGUGCCUGUAUACUUCCUGCUGUUCUUUAGGGUCAAACUUACCUUUACGGUCAGUAAACAGUUGGCUGCAGGUUGCAUCUUUUUUACAACAGCCAUUUAGCAGCUCUCACAAUAAGCAGCUUUUGGUAGCCAUCUGGGUUUGCAAUAUUGCAAGCAUCCCAUUGGCUGAUAAUUUCCUGCUUGUUGGGCUGUUGGCUUGAAAAAGACACUCUCUCACAUCACUCAAGAAUAUAGUAAUGUGUUUACCUAAAACUAACAUGCCUGGCCAUGCACAUUUCUCUUGGUAACAUAUUCAUAAUAACAAUUCUCAUUCCGCUUCUGCUUUUUGAACAGUAAUGAUACUCACGUUUUGUAUUCCAUCAUUUAAUUUCACCAUGCUUUUGUCUGCUACCAAAGUGAGCAUGUUGUAAUGAAGUAGAAUUAUGUUCAAAAUGCUAGCUUUCUCCUCCUGUGGCUGCAGCACCCAUUAUUUCACUUAGGAAUGUUAAUAGUGCUAACAGGCUGCUCUUAGAGUGGUUGCUUGUAGAAAAAUUAAAUAAUAUUGUCCCAUAAUAAUAAAAAAAUGAAAUGGAUCUCACGGAACAAAUACAUUUUAUCAAACAAAAUAUUUCAAAAAGCAAUAACUCCAACGUGACAUUGCUUUGCUAGCUCCACAAGCAGAGAGACAAAGAAAACACAAAGGAAAACAACAUGUAAAUGUACAUGUAUCUGCUGAUUACCCAACAUGGGUUGCUUAUAGAGUAGUUUGAUGCCAGGGUUGUCAUUUGACAACAGCAAAUAUGUUAACAUUGGCACCGUAUCAACACCUGUCUCGUUGAAUGCAGCUUAAAUUCAAAUUGAAUUGACCUGAUGAGACCAAUCAUGAUCUUUAAGACCACAUUUGGAAACGACUGUUUCAAAAAAAGAGAACUAGAUGCAAGAAAGUGUUGACAUCCAUGUUUUUAAAGCUAAACUGUCCUGUGGUUUAGCAGAAGAGUCCACAUCCUGCUGAUUUGUUUUACUUUUUAGUGCCUUGGUUUUGAUCUUGUCUGUUGGUUUUAGACUACAUCACAUUUUCUAAAUAGAGGCUACUGUUUAACACUGUCGUUGUGAAUUUUUAUUUUUUGAAGGUAUGUUUUAUUUACGUUGAAGAAACUCACUGGGAAGUGUUAGCACUGAAUAAAGCGAUAUCUCAUUUUGUUAAAAUAUUUUCACUUUUUAGCUAGCAUGCCUUGUAUGAUCUUAUUAGAAUUAAUGAAUGAAUAACGAAUGCAGAAAAUCAAGAAACUAUAUCAAACACAAAUUAACACAUAAGUUAAGUUUCCUUGCUAAAAAGUGGAAAUGCUUCAACAUUAUGUCAUAUUGCUUCGAAGGUUGUAAAUGGAUUUCGUAAUCUAUUUAAUUCACUCUGUGCAGAUGUGUGUAUAAUUUAAUUACCAUUGUUGUAUAAUAUUUUAACUGUAUUUAUGUGGUCUGCGUUCUGUGUAAAUUGUUCCAAAGGACAACGUGCACACACUCCGCAUAACACACUUGAUGGUCCUCAACUUUUUAUGUGUAUGCAGUUUCCUUCCAUUGACCUGUGAACCACUUUUGUCAUGAAGAAUAAAAACAAGCCAACACUGUA